AUUAGUGCCAACCUUAAACAAUCAAAAAUACCCAAAUUAAUCAGCAUUGUCAUUUUUGAGGUUAACUUUCGUUAUAAAAAAUGUAUAAAAAUUUAAAAAAUGAACAAAUUGAAAGUAUUGGUGGAGUUCUAAACGACAAAAACCGCCCAUUAAAAGAACGUUUUCGCGCUCUAUUUACUUUAAAAUCAAUAGGAGGUGAAACCGCUAUAAAAUCAAUCGAAAAAUGUUUUUCCGACGAUUCAGCCUUAUUAAAACACGAAUUGGCUUAUUGUUUGGGCCAAAUGCAAGACGAAAGGGCCUUGAGGGUGUUAAUAAACGUGUUAAAAGAUAAAAAACAAGAGGCGAUGGUCAGACAUGAAGCAGCUGAAGGGAUUGGGGCAAUAGGAAAAACGGAUUCUUUACCAAUUUUGGAGGAAUACAUAAACGAUAAAUCGAUUGAAGUCGUGGAAACGUGCCAAUUAGCUAUAAAAAGAAUAAAAUAUUUAUCAUCAGAAAAAAUCCCAUCAACAAAAUCAGAGUUUAAUUCAAUCGAUCCAACUCCUUCUUUUAAUAAUAAAAAUGAAAAAAUCGAUGAUUUAAGACGCAUUUUACUUGAUCCAAAUGAAGAUUUAUUUGAGAGAUACCAAGCUAUGUUUUCCUUAAGAAAUUUAAAUUCUGAUGAUUCCAUAAAAGUAUUAUGUGAAGGAUUAAAUUGUGAUGGAGCGCUGUUUAAGCACGAAAUUGCGUUUGUUUUGGGGCAACUCAGACAUCCAAAAUCAAUUGAAGCUUUAACAAAGAGUUUAAGGGAUGAAUCAGAAAAUGAAAUGGUUAGACAUGAAUGUGCAGAAGCUUUGGGAUCAAUAGCUGAUGAGGAGUGUUUUGCAGUAUUAAAAGAUUAUCUAAAUGAUUCCAAAAGGGUUGUGAAAGAAAGUUGUAUAAUUGCUUUGGAUAUGUGUGAAUAUGAAAAUAGUCCUGAAUUUCAAUAUGCUAAUUUUUUAGAUUAAAUUAAUAAAGAAAUAAGUUGUUAAAUAAAUAAAAAA